AUGAUAUGUGCAAUUUCGGGUUCAACAACAGAAGAACCAGUAAUUUCAACAAAAACUGGAAAUGUUUAUGAAAAAAGAUUGAUUGAAAAAUAUAUAGAUACAAAUGGUAAAGAGCCAACAACCGGUGAACCAUUAGGUUUGAGUGAUUUAAUCACUGUAAAGAUUGGAAAAACAGUAAAGCCAAGACCAACCACUGCCACUAGUAUUCCAAGUAUGUUGCAAUUGUUUCAAAAUGAAUGGGAUUCUUUAAUGUUGGAAACCUUCACAUUGAAACAACAACAUGAAACUGUUCGUCAAGAGUUGGCACAUUCAAUGUAUCAAUAUGAUGCUGCCUGUAGAGUAAUCGCUAGAUUAGUUAAAGAAAGAGAUGCUGCAAGAUCUGCUUUAGCAAACGCUCGUAAUAUAGUACAACAACAACAACAACAAACAAAUAACAACAACAACAACAACAAUAAUAAAGAUGUUGAAAUGUCAUCAGCAUCAACACCAUCAUCAUCAGAAGAUAAUUUAUUAGACUCAACAAUUUAUAAGAGAAUUGCUGAAAAAUCUGAAGAAUUAAUUAAAACUAGAAAAGAAAGAACUCAUCAAAGUUUAGCAGAACCAGAUGCUAUUAAACAAUUUAAAGUCUCUGCCAAUGUUGAAACUGAUUGUCAAAUUAAGAGCUUGGAAGUAAACAGCCAAGACAAUAAUUUGAUAGCAAUGGGUGGUAUCAAUGGUAAUGUCUACGUUUAUUCACGUGAAACCAAUGAACUUUGUACAGCUAUUAAAGGAACAAGUUCUGCACCAAUAAAUAAAGUAUUGUUUGCUCCAAACAAUACCAUAGUUUCAGCAGGCUCCGAUGCAGUGAUCAGAGUUGUAAAAGGUGGUGAAAGUCCAUCUAAAAAGACCUACACUCAAUAUAAAUCCACUUAUCAAUUCGCCCAUAAAGCUAGUGUCACCGAUAUAUCGUUACAUGUAUUGGGAGAUUAUAUAAUUUCAUCUUCACUCGAUAAAUCAUUGAAUAUGUACGAUAUUGUCAAUGGAACUCAUUUGACUAGCUUUGGUCAAUCUCAACAACUUUGUUACACUAGUGUCGCCUUCCACCCAGAUGGUAUGUUUUUCGCAGCCGGUACUCAAAAUGGUGUGGUCAAAAUCUUUGAUCUCAAGAGUAAAGUAAACAGUUUCAACUUUCAAGGUCUUUCAACCGCUGUCAAUUGUAUCUCCUUCUCUGAGAAUGGUUACUAUUUAACCGCAGCCGAUAAUAACACUGUGAAAUUAUUUGAUCUUCGUAAAGCUGCCACUAAAAACUCACCAGAUAUUCAAACCAUCACUUUGGAUAAUCAACAAAUUAAAUCUAUCAAUUUCGAUUACUCUAGCCAAUAUCUUGGUGUAGCAUCUUCCAAUCAAAUCAAUCUUUACAGUUGCAAAUCAAAACAAAAACCACCAAUCUCUUCUAUUCAUUCAAUUGAUUCAGAUUGUUUAGACUUUAAAUGGGCAAGACCAAAUUCAAAUUUCUUUGUAACUUCUUCCUCUUCUAAAAAUAUUGUCAAUAUCUUUUCCAACUAA